AUGGGAUCCAAAACUAUUGUCGGUGCUUUCUUUCAAGAAGGAACCUCUCAGGUUCGACCUCCUUACUUCAAUAGUCAGCAUUUUUCUCAUUGGAAAGUUCGCAUGGAAACAUAUACCAUGUCAUAUGACAUCAAAGUAUGGUGUGUGAUUAAAAAAAGAAAUCUUCCAAUUCCUCCCAUGAAGGAUGCAAAUGGUGAAGUCAUCACAUCAACUAAUCCUCUAGAUUUAGAUGAUUACACUGAUGAACAAGCUGUUGUUAUCACUGUAAAUGCAAAAGCAAAAAAUCAACUGUACAACGCUAUCGGUGGAGAAGAAUAUGAAAAAAUAUCCAGUUGUGAGACUGCAAAAGAAAUGUGGGAUAAACUGGAAGUCACUUAUAAAGGAACCAACAAAGUGAAAAAGACUAGAAUAAAUCUCCUGGUUAAGGAAUAUGAAUUAUUUCAAAUGAAGGAUGGAGAAUCUGUUGAAGAAAUAUUUUCCAAAUUCAGCAAAAUCCUUGGAGACCUCAAAUCAUUUGGAAGAUCUAUUAAAAGUGGCGAACAUGUUAGAAAGAUCCUUAGAAGUCUACCUACAAUCUGGCAACCAAAAGUUAUCGCUUUAGAAUGUCAAGAUUUGGACAAAAUAUCCUAUGAUGAACUCAGAGGUGACUUGAUUGCUUUCGAGAAAACUCAUCUUGAUAGACAAAUUCAAGAGAAAAAGAAAAUUGUUGCUUUCAAGGCAACUAUGGCUGAACCUGAAAAUGAAGAUGAAGUAGAAGGAGGAGAAAAAGAUGAAAACAUUGCAAUGCUCUCACAAGUUAUGACCAACAUGAUGAGAAGAAACAAAAACUAUAGAAGAGGUAAGUUUAAUUUCAGAAAAGGAAGGGCGAGCAAUGAAACAGAUAAAAUGAUGGAAGAUGCUACGAAUAUGGAAAGGUCGGACGUUCAAUCUGAGUGUCCUAAAUUAAAAAGGAAGCUUAGCAGAAACGUGCAAAAGAAGAAAGAUUUUGGAGCAUGGAGUGAUGGGGAGGAAUCUGAUCAUGAGGAAAUUGCCAACAUGUGCUUUAUGGCUCUUAUCCGACAAUGA